GUUUUAACUUUUAGUUUCUUUAGUAUCACCUAAAUUGGAUUUCUUAAUAGACGUCUAACAUGGUACGGCCAUUACCACCUGGUUUGCAAAAAGUUGCCAUUGAAGAACUCAAUGAAGAUCCGGCUCGGGUCAGUGAUGAUAUACAGGCGUUAAAGACAUGGAUUAAUCAACAACCCCAUUUGAGGGCUCGUACCGAUGAUCAGUUUCUGUUGGCAUUUUUGCGUGGCUGUAAAUACAGUUUGGAAAAGGCCAAAUCAAAAAUUGAUAAAUAUUUUAUGUUACGGUCAAAAUUCCCCGAAUUGUUCUCAUUGCGGGAUGUUGAUGAUCCGAAAAUUCAAGAGAUUAUUAAAUUGGGAAUUGGUUUAGUUCUACCCACUCCUCUAAACGAAGAUGGACCCCGCAUCAUGCUGAUACGGAAUGGUAUCUAUGAUCCAGAAAAGUAUAGUUUUGGUGACAUUAUGCGUGUAUUCCAGGCCUGGAAUGAGAUCAUCAUGUGGGAAGAUGAUUAUGCCAUUAUAAAUGGCUUUGUUCACAUUGCCGAUUUAAAGAAUUGGAAAAAAGAACAUUUCUUUCAAUUGACACCAAGUUUGAUGAAGAAAAUGACCGUCUAUUCUGAGGAAGCAAUGCCCCUAAGACCCAAAUCAUCGAAUUUUAUUAAUGUGCCAUCGAUUUUUGAGACAUUUUUCAAUAUGGUGAAACCAAUAAUGACCGAAAAACAGCUAAAUAGGAUGGUCGCAUACGGCUCAAAUUUGGAUAAAUUCUAUGAGAAAAUCCCCCAAAAAUAUUUACCCAAAGAAUAUGGCGGUGAAAAUGGCUCAAUACCGGAAAUCAUUGCCGAAUGGGAAAGGAAAUUCCAAGAAUACAGUGAUUACUUUAAGGAGGAUACCAAAUAUGGCACCGACGAACGUUUGAGACCGGGAAAACCUAUUGAUUUUGAUAAUCUGUUUGGCAUGGAGGGUUCAUUCCGUAAACUAAAUGUGGAUUAGAAGAAAAUAAUAUUGUGUAAAUAAAAAAAGAGAAUCUUUAUAU